AUGGUGUAUGUAAACAUGGAGAAGAAAUGGGUACUUUCAUUUGUGAUCACAUCUCUCGUAUGCGUUUUUAUCCUUGCAACUUCCUUCAAUAUGGGUCUAAUGUCUUCGCUUCGACCACCAAUCAAGGAAACUAUCUCUCAUUUCGAUACAAAUGAUUCCAAAGUUGUACCAGAAAAACCUCGUGAAGAUGAUAAGCUUCCACGUUUCGCUUACCUUGUUUCGGGAUCUAAAGGAGAUCUUGAAAGCCUUUGGAGAACUCUUAGAGUAUUGUACCAUCCAAGAAACCAAUACAUUGUUCAUAUGGAUCUUGAAUCACCGGUUGAUGAGAGACUAGAGCUUGCUUCUCGCAUUAGUAACGAUUCUAUGUAUUCUAAAAUAGGUAAUGUUUAUAUGAUAACUAAAGCUAAUCUUGUGACUUAUACCCGACCAACAAUGGUAGCCAAUACGCUUCACGCUUGCGCGAUUCUUCUUAAAAGAAGCUCGGAUUGGGACUGGUUUAUCAAUCUUAGUGCUUCGGAUUAUCCCCUUGUGACUCAAGAUGAUCUCUUGUAUACGUUUUCAAGUUUGGACCGCAACCUCAACUUUAUCGCGCACACGAGUAACUUAGGCUGGAAAUUCGCGAAGCGAGCAAUGCCAUUAAUGAUUGAUCCUGGACUCUACUCGCUAAACAAAUCAGACAUUUUUUGGGUCAGGCCUAGACGAAGUUUACCAACUGCGUUUAAGUUGUUUACCGGAUCAGCUUGGAUGGUUCUAUCGCGCUCAUUCGUCGAGUAUAUCAUUUGGGGUUGGGACAAUUUACCAAGAACAUUACUAAUGUAUUACACCAAUUUUGUUUCUUCUCCUGAAUUUUACUUCCACACAGUCAUGUGUAACGUGCCCGAGUUCUCCAAAACUACGGUGAACCAUGAUCUUCAUUACAUCGCGUGGGACAAACCGCCGAGGCAGCAUCCUCGCCUGUUGUCCUUAAGAGACAUGGGACCGAUGAUUGCGAGUGGAUCAGCAUUUGGUCGGAAAUUCAAAAGUAAUGAUACAAUAUUGGAUAAGAUCGAUAAAGAACUGCUUAUGCGGACAAGCGAAGGCGGUUUCACUCCCAGCGGUUGGUGCGGCGGGAAACGGGACUGCUCGGUUGUCGAAGACGUGGCUAGGAUCAGACCUAGCUCAGGAGCUGAGAGGCUCAAAGGGCUUGUAGAUAGGUUAGUUGCAGAAGCUAAAUCAGGAAAGAAUCAAUGUGAAUCAGAAUAUCAUCAAACUUCUUUUAGAUAUUGA